ACUAUAUCAGAAAGAAGAAAGAAACAUAACCUCAAAUUAUAUCUUGAAAAAUGUUAUCCAAUAGAUUUAUUUUUAAAUUAUUAAAGUCUCCUCAUAUACUUAACAGAUAUUCUGCAAAUUAUUCUUCGUCAUGUGAACUAUCAGCUCCGUUAAAACUAUCAUUCGCUGCAUACGAAACAGCAGCGGAUACCUCUUCAGAAUCACCCUUUGUUAUUUUACAUGGAUUAUUUGGUUCUAAACAAAAUUGGACCAGUCUCAGUAAAGCUUAUCAUCAACAAACCAGUCCUCGUAGAAAGGUAAUCGCACUAGACUUGCGAAAUCAUGGAGAUAGUCCUCACACAUCUCAACACUCGUACGAAUAUUUGGCGGAAGAUGUACAACACUUUUUAAGAGACCAUGGGAUUGAAAAAAUUGCUCUUAUGGGACAUUCAAUGGGUGGCAGAUGUGCAAUGUUAUUCGCACUGCAAUAUCCAGAACUUGUAGAGAAACUUAUUAUUGUAGAUAUAUCUCCAGUAACCACAAGCCCAAAUUUACAUGAGCUCCCAAAUUUAUUCAAUUUCAUGAAUAGUGUUAAAAUGCCAGAAAAUAUUCCUUUAAGUCAAGCUCGAAAUAUAGUGGAUAAACAGCUUUCUGAAUACAUCCUGGAUAAAUCUUUGAGGGCAUUCUUGUUAACAAACUUAAUACAAACUGAUCAGCAGAGAUACAAAUGGAGGAUUAACAUACCAGCUUUAUUGUCCAAUUUUCAAAAUAUUGCCAGAUUUCCACCUAUAGAAGACUUGCUAUAUGAAGGAAAUACAUUAUUUAUUGGAGGAGCAAAGUCAGAUUACAUAGAAUCUAUACUUCAAAAAAUGAGGGUUCAAAAUUCUUGUAGAAUCUUAUUUAAUUUAAUUAUAAAUAGAAAUAAGGGCAAAUUAGUUAGUUUUGAGAAUUCAAAAAAUGUAACUGAUUUAGCAUAUGCGUCAUAUCAAAGUACAGACACAUCUUUACAGGAAUUAAAUAAAAAAUCACCCCCUUUAGUCUUGGUACAUGGAUUAUUAGGAUCUAAGGGGAAUUUCCAUGGCUUGUGUAAGAGAUAUCAUGAGGGUAGUGAUCCAAAAAGAGAUGUGUUUGCUGUUGAUCUAAGAAAUCAUGGAGAUUCUGCUCACAUACCAGGCAACACUUAUGAUGAUUUAGUAAUGGAUAUAGUGAAAUUUUUGCAGACCAUGCACUUAAAGAAAGUAUCUUUAAUAGGUCAUGAUAUUGGAGGAAGAGUUGGAAUGUUAUUUGCACUGAAAUAUCCUGAGUUAGUGGAAAGACUAGUGGUUACAGAUGUGUCUCCAAUAUCAACUAGCCACAAUUUCAAAGCUAUUCCAGAAGUACUUAAAGCCCUAAAAACUCUCCAGUUUCCCAAAAAUUUAGGAUUACCUCAAGCUAAGGCAUUGGUUGCUAGUCAUUUAGCUAAGUUAGUUAAAGAUAAGGGAUUGAUGGCGUUUGUUCUAACUAAUUUGGUACAGACUGCUGAAGGAAGUUAUAUCUGGAGGUUUAAUUUGAAAAUGUUACUGGAAUACUUUGACGAGUUGGCUUCUUUUCCCGAUUUACAUAACAUCAUUUUUGAAGGGCCCGUUUUAUUUAUAGGCGGAUCUAAAUCUGAUUACAUACAAAAAAGUGAUUAUCCUAAAAUCUUAAAGCUGUUCCCUAAUGCCGAGUUGAAGUACAUCGAAGGGGCGGGUCAUUGGGUUCAUUCAGAGAAACCAAACGAUUUUCUGAAACUUACUUUAGAUUUUCUGAACCAAAAAAAUAGAUAACCUUGUUCUGUUGAUAUCUUUAUUGUUGAAUAAAUGUUUUAAUGUU